GUGUGGGGGGUGGGCUGUGAUCGUUAAUAAAGUGGACCUCGGCAGCCUUCGGAGCUCAGUCCGCGCCCGGGAGAGCGCGGAGCAAGGCAACGGGAGUCGACGUUGCUUAAGACUGUCAUCGUCGUCGUCAAUCAAUCAUAGCGCACGGAGGGGCCUUCAUCAGGCAUGGCUAGCGGGGUUGGGGCCGGUGCCACCACGGGCGAGGAAGCUGCUGUCGACAAGAAGGCGCCCGAGAUGGCAGACGGCGCAGCGCCGGCCCACUCCAACGCCACUGGGAACGGCAAGGAGGAGAAGGUGCUGGACGGGGAGAGGCUGUCGAAGGGAGACCAGGGAUCGGCCAAGAGCACCCCGAGCAAGGGCGGCAAGUCCCCGGCACGCGGCUCGCGCAGGCAGUGCACGGUGCCCUGCUCUGUCAGCCUGCUUGACGGAUCCGUGUUCCCGUGCGACGUCGACAAACAAGCUAAAGGGCAGGUCCUGUUUGACCUUGUGUGUGAGCACCUCAACCUGCUGGAGAAGGAUUACUUUGGACUCAACUACCGUGACAAUACAGAGCAGAAGGAGGAACCCUGUCUUGUGAUAUUUCAGAAUUGGCUGGAUCCAAACAAGGAGAUUAAAAGGCAGGUGCGAGCAGGAGCCUGGACGUUCAUCUUCAACACCAAGUUCUACCCUCCAGACCCUGCGCAGCUGACUGAGGAUAUCACCAGGUACUAUAUUUGCCUGCAGUUGCGCGAGGACGUGGCGAGCGGGCGGCUGCCCUGCUCGUUCGUCACACACGCCGUGCUGGGCUCGUACGCGCUGCAGGCGGAGCUGGGCGACCACGAGCCAGACGAGCACGGCCCCGGCUACGCUUCUGAGUUCCGCUUCGCGCCCAACCAGACGCCCGAGCUGGAGGACAAGGUCGUGGAGCUGCACAAGACGCACAGGAAUAUGACUCCUGCAGAAGCUGACCUGCACUUUCUGGAGAAUGCUAAGAAGCUGUCUAUGUACGGGGUGGACCUGCACCAUGCCCGGGACUCGGAGGGCUUGGACAUCAUGCUGGGCGUUUGCGCCAACGGGCUGCUCAUCUACCGGGACCGCCUGCGCAUAAACCGCUUUGCCUGGCCCAAGAUCCUCAAGAUCUCAUACAAACGCACCAACUUCUACAUCAAGAUCCGGCCGGGCGAGUUUGAACAGUUUGAGAGCACCAUCGGAUUUAAACUCCCAACGCACAGAGCUGCCAAACGGUUGUGGAAGACCUGCAUUGAGCACCACGCUUUCUUCCGGUUGGUGUCGGCCGACCCCCAGCCCAAGUCGCGCAUCUUCACGCUGGGCUCGCGCUUCCGCUACAGCGGCCGCACGCAGGCCGAGACGCGGCAGAUGAGCGCCGCCAUUGACCGCCCCGCGCCCGCGUUCCAGCGCUCGUCGAGCAAGCGAAAGACGAGCACGCGCAGCCUGGACCGCGCGCCCAUGGUGAGCGACCACGAAAAGGUGUCGCUGGACGGCGCGGCCGCUCGCGAUCUGCAGCCGCCCUCCGUAGGCUCCAACGGUGCCGCGAAGGUGGAGGCCCUCCCCAAGGCCUCCGCGGAACCCCACGAGGCCCCCCGCUCCGCCGUCGACAAACAGCGGCGGCAAGGUGACGACGGAGCGAGGGCCGCUAAGGUUCCCAGCGGCAGCAGCAAGGGGGGCGGCUCGGUGGCUAUGGCAACGCCCGAGGAUGGAACCACGCCCAACGACCAGACGAGCACGGAGGGGGAGGGGGAGAGAGCCGGCAGCAGCCAGACGCCCCCCACGGGGAGAGAGAACCAUCCCAGCAGAAGAGUGGCAGGUGAAAAUGUGUUUGUUAGGCAUAGCAGGCUCAUGCUGGAGGGCCUCGACGAGAAGCCGGAGCACGCCGUGCGGCACCAGGCCAACCUGGCGGAGCUCAAGCGCUCUUUCCUGGGCGCCCCGCAGACUGCGGACGCCGACUGGAACAAGCGAUUCUCCGGCGAGGGCGGAGUCCCCGCCACGGCUGACCCGGCCGCCAAACAGUCCAACGGCGACACCGCACCACCGGGAGGUCCGCUUGCCAACGGCACCGAGGCCAAGCCGGAGCAGCCACCUGUGGUUCAGACUGAGACCAUGAGCUUCAACUCGGCCGCCCCGGCCUCCGGUACAGAGAUUACCACCCGUGAUGUGCCGAUUGUCGCCACGGAAACGAAAACUAUCACCUACGAGGCUCCACAGGAUAUUGUUGAAAAUGAUGGGCAGCCAGGGCUGCUGAUGAGCGCACAGACCAUCACGUCCGAGACCUCCAGCUCCACAAUGACUACACAUAUCACCAAGACUGUGAAAGACGGCAUCUCAGAGACGCGCAUCGAGAAGAGAAUUGUGAUCAGCGGCGACUCGGACCUUGACCACGACCAGGCCUUAGCCCAAGCGAUCAAGGAGGCCAAAGAGCAGCAUCCAGACAUGGCAGUGACUCGCGUAGUCGUGCACAAAGAGACGGAGGUUCUGGCCACCGCGGACCACGAGUGAACAGCACUGGAAAACAUACGUCCCAUCGUACGUUGUGCAUGUGAAACACCACGCGCCGUCUCACCCUGUGAACCGCGCAUGCCCCGCUACGCCGAAUACUUGCACACAUUAGUGCGGUGGUGCACGCAAACACGAUGUGUGACGCACGCUCCCAAACGCCACGCCAUUCCUCAAACCCGGCAUUCGUUGGAUGAGAUCGAUUCUUACGCUCGCAAUGCAUGCGUGCGAUUGGUUGCGCAAGUAAGACAUCUUUUUUUUUGAGCUCUGGAAAUGUUUGCUCACGCAUAGUGGAAUGGUUGAAAUGGAACGAAACAAAACAUUGAGGGACAAUAUGGACAAGGUGGAGAGGACUAACAGAUCAAAACAGACUACAUAUGAAUGAGUUGCCCUUAUGCCUCGGAUUUCAGGACGAGGAAGAUGUAUUUGAAUCGGUCAAACAUUUUUGCAGCCUUCCAAACUCUUACAAACUGAUGUCUAAAUAAAAAAAAGAUGUAGAAAUUAUAAAGGCCAUGUACCAAUCGAUUAUAGCUACUCGAAUUAUGUAGGGAAAGCAACACCUUAAAUAGGCCUCUUUAACCCACCCAGAACCACAUGCCCAGGAGAAACCACACACACACACAAUCCCUGCCCCACAUGGCAAGAGCCACUCAUUACAAUAUUUCGCUGUGUAUCUCAAACAAAAACGGCACAUCCUAGAGUUGUCGUGAACCACAUAGGCCAUCCUUGAAUUACAGUCAAAUCACGCGCUUAAAUUGGAUGGUUCAUUACACCACAUCCACGUUCGGUGGUUAUUGUACACACGUCAAAAGUUAUUUCUUCUUCUUGUGUCCACAGGCAGACGUGGGAAAGUGUGGCUUGUACUGAACAAACCUCGCUCGUCUGCAGUUUGCAGAGGUGCUUGAGGAGCGUACAGAACAAACCCGAAUGGGUUGUCCCUUUUUUUUAUUCUUUAAUAUAUUACAUCGUCAUGAUCCCGCCACCGAUAGUGACAGUCACGGGGGAGGGGGAUAAGCACCUUGUAAACGCAAAGCCAAGAGAGCAACGGAUCCGAUGCAAGCUUACACACGCAGGCAGCCAGGGGCGUAACUUACUCUGUGAUUCAGGUGAAAAGACCCGCCCAUGUAAAGUCGACGGAACGUUUUUUACUCUCAGAUUAAUGUGCACUUAACGUUGAAAAAUUUGGACACGUUUGAAGUUCAACGUAAACAGUUAUUGGGGGACAAAUGGCACUCGCAAUAUCUUUGUGUAAACUUGACAGACUCCCUUGACUGGAUUUUCCAUUUUGGAGACUUAUUUAAGUUAAAUAGAUGGGUGUCGCACAGUGCGGGUCUCCGUGCCGAAAAUGGAAAAUGCUUCGAGGCAAAUUUCAGUAAGUGAACGCAGAUCUGUGAAUUUCGAUGAAAGUUGUCCAAAAAAACACCAGAGGCAGGGCCAUAUGAGGACUCUCAAUCAGUUUGUUUUCGAUAAUAAGCAAGGGCAUAAAAAUCUGUCAAUGGCCCAACUAAAUCACUAAACUCUGUUAAAGUCUGUGACCUUUACAGUUUCCCACAUCCUAGAUAAUUCGCCAUCCCUACAAGUCUCAAACAUGAGCUUCAGCGGGGGGGGGGGGGGGGGGGCGUUCCAGCAUUAAAUGUUUUCAGUCGUUUAUUCCCGGAACAUUUCGAUUAAUGUUUCUCGUAGACGCAAGUACACCGGGUUACCAAGUGCGGUGGUUGACUGCAGUUAACUCCCCCCCCCCCCCUCUCUCCAGCCUUCUUCAGUAAUGGAUGGAAGAACUUUCCUUUUCACCCCGCGCACACAUCUGUUUUAUGUCGGUAGUGCCAAUAGCAUGGGAAGCGCACUAGAUAUGUAAUGAUGACUAGUUUUUUUUUUAAUAACACAUUCUGAAGCGCAUUUCCUUCGGUGAAUUUGCACUCAUUCUGUCUUGGUUUUUUUUUUGUGCUACCUAUUUAUGUCUAAGUUGGUCAAUGUUUUUUUUUAAACUGCACAUUUUAAACCUGUGAUGAAGACUAACUUACUUUCGUUGUACAACUUAUGUAUUUUUCUUUUUGUACUUUGUUUUCUCUUGAGACGUGAACAAAGACUGUUCCCUUCACCAGAAUUGACAAAUCCCACAGUAGCAUCGGUGUGUCUUGCCAGACUCUGACAUCUUGUGAAGUUGAAUCUUAUACAUGUAAAAUGUUACAGCUGCAAGCCAGGAAUUUGCACCUGUUAAGAAUAAUAAAAGCGGAAUUUAAAAAAAAAAAA